GAGCACUUAAGCCCUCCUUGUGGGUGCUGCCACAGCUGCGGUCAGGGCUGCUGGAGAAGCAAAGAAGUGGGCUCUUUUUCUUCCUGCCCUGGAGACCAGGGGGGCCUUUACCACCUUCUCCCCAGUCAGUGCCUUCCUCCUGGUCCAUGGGGACAGUUGUAGCCAAACUGCUCCUGCCUACCCUCAGCAGCCUGGCCUUCCUCCCGACAGUGAGCAUCGCUACCAAGAGGCGUUUCUACAUGGAGGCCAUGGUCUACCUCUUCACCAUGUUCUUUGUGGCGUUCUCCCAUGCCUGUGAUGGGCCUGGUUUGUCUGUGCUGUGCUUCAUGCGCCGUGACAUUCUGGAGUACUUCAGCAUCUAUGGAACAGCCCUGAGCAUGUGGGUCUCCCUGAUGGCACUGGCCGACUUUGAUGAACCCCAGAGAUCGACCUUCACAAUGCUUGGCGUCCUUACCAUCGCUGUGCGGACUUUUCAUGACCGCUGGGGUUACGGGGUAUACUCCGGUCCCAUAGGCACGGCCACCCUCAUCAUUGCUGUAAAGUGGCUGAAGAAGAUGAAAGAGAAGAAGGGCCUGUACCCCGACAAGAGCAUCUACACCCAGCAGAUAGGCCCCGGCCUGUGCUUUGGGGCCCUGGCCCUGAUGCUUCGAUUCUUCUUUGAGGAAUGGGAUUACACCUACGUCCACAGCUUCUACCACUGUGCCCUGGCCAUGUCCUUUGUCCUGCUGCUGCCCAAGGUCAACAAGAAGGCUGGGAACGCAGGGGCCCCCGCCAAGCUGACCUUCUCCACCCUCUGCUGCACUUGUGUCUGACUAUACCCCCCCACACACACACACACACCAGGCCCCUGCCUUCCUGCCUGGCAGUCCUGCUGUCUCUCCCAAGGUACUUCCUAUACUUUGUUAUGCGGCCUGUACAUGAGAAAUGGUCUUCUCUACACCCCAAGAGACCAGCAGGCCUGCUGCAUUCUGCUGAGUGCUGCUUAGGGACCCACUGGUUCUGUGUUCACCAGUUGCUUCACUCUGUUCAGGAAAAAAAAGAACUUUAUCCCCCAAGGCCUCACAACCAUAGGUGUGCCUGGCAGAGAACCCUAGACCAGUAAAUACCCAGCAGCAUGCAGGGUUAUCUAUUUCCCAGGUCCUGCCUGUCAGAAUCGUCUGCUUUCCCUAGGAAACUGGGAUUGCCCUUUUAACCCCUGCCCAGGCUCUGAAAGCUCUCCACUUAGGAAGCUGGAGCCAGCGAACCUUGCAUACCCCUGCCUGAGUCCCAUCCCUUCUGCAGGUUUUCGAUCAAGCCAUUCACAGUAAACUCUUGAUCAGCCACUAGUCAUUAGCUUCGCCUAACAUACAUUCUAGUUCCUGGAA